AUGGCCUCCGACAUGAAGGCAACGGUCGAGCCGACCAAGCAGGGUUUCUCCGUCUGCGGCUACGAGAAGAUCGAGUACAACUUCGAGUUCCUCGAUGGCGUCUUCCAGAAGCAGAACCGCCAGCUCGCCGACUGCUACUCCCGCUGGAAGCGUUGCUUGGCCGUCAUGGACCUCAACAUCUUCAAUCUCUACGGCAAGGAGAUGCAGGAGUACUUUGACCACUACAACAUUGAGCUCAAGAUCCACAAGACCAUGAUUGGCGAGAAGGCCAAGUCCAUGGAGACGCUGCUGAGCAUCGUCGAUUCCAUGACCGAGUUUGGAGUCUUCCGCAAGGAACCCGUCCUUGUUGUCGGAGGUGGUCUUGUCACUGACGUAGCCGGCUUUGCAUGCGCCUCUUACCGCCGCAACACGCCAUACAUCCGCAUCCCCACCACCGUCAUUGGUCUCAUCGAUGCCUCCGUCUCCAUCAAGGUCGCCGUGAACUACGGCAAUUACAAGAACCGCCUGGGAGCGUACCACGCGCCCUCCCGCACCUUCCUCGACUUCACGUUCCUGCGCACACUACCCACCGCCCAGAUCCGCAAUGGCUUUGCUGAGCUGAUCAAGAUCUCCACCUGCGCACACCUCGAGACGUUUGAUCUCUUGGACCGCUUCUGCGAGGAGUUGAUCGGCACAGGCUUUGGCCGUUGCGAUGGCAGCAGCAGCGAGGUCCGUGAUGCUGCGGACAGGAUCAACCGUAACGGUAUCCACGACAUGUUGAAGCUUGAGACACCCAACCUGCACGAGAUCAUGCUUGACCGUGUCAUUGCCUACGGACACACAUGGUCCCCUCUCCACGAGCUCGUCCCUGACGUGCCCCUCCGCCACGGCCACGCCAUCUCCAUUGACAUGGCUUACUCUGCAACACUCGCCCACGUCCUCGGCAAGCUCUCAUCCGCAGAGCACCGCCGCCUCCUCAACCUAUUCUCCCGUGCCGGUCUGUCCAUGGACCACCCGCAGUUCGACGAGGCUAUCCUCGACAAGGGCACCACCGCCAUCCUCAAGACCCGCGACGGCAAGCUGCGCGCUGCCAUCCCUUCACCCAUCGGCCAGUGCGAGUUCCUCAACGACAUUUCGUACGAGGACAUGUGCGCCGCGCUCAAGGUGCACAAGGAGCUUAUGAAGGAGUACCCCCGCGAGGGCGCCGGUCUCGAGGCAUUUGUUGAUGCCAGCGAUACCGGGUACACGCUCAACGGAUGCUGCGAAGAGGUCGAGUCAAGGGAGUUCAUGGAUGGUGUCGAGAAGACCGUCAUCAACGAUGAUACCAUUUCUGAGGAAGGUUCAUCCACUGCUGCGUCAUCUUCUCCUGGCGAGUAUGCUUUGUCAAAUGGCAAGAACUUGGGCCCCAAGAGUGCCACGCAGGUGGCUUCCAGCUCAGAGGUUGCGGAGAAGCUGAAGGGGGUCGUUGGCGUUGAGGCGGUUCCUACCAACACCGCAUAA